AUGGCAUCCAACUCGUACUCCGCCCGGGUUGAGAAACCCGUGAAUAUGCCUUCCCUACUCUACUACUACGAGAAUCUACACUGGUUCCAUCUGACUGCCCAUAUCGUUAUUCCAGCGGUUCCCAUAUUAUGCUGUCCAUUUGUUUCUCUAAGCCUAAACACAGCCCUCCUGGGAUUUGUUCUUUAUUGGAUAGGCAGCGUCAGCCUCACAACUGGAUAUCAUCGCCUAUGGACGCACAGAUCAUACGAUGCUUGCGUUGCCUUGAGGGUAUUUCUGGCAAUCAUCGGAGCGGCACAGCUCCAGAGAUCAAUUCUCUGGUGGGCAAGACACCACCGUGCACACCACUGGUAUCUCGAUACAGACAAGGAUCCCUACGAUUCUCGAAAGGGUUUCUUUUUUACCCACAUGGGCUGGCUUAUCGGACACACGCCCAAGGAGUGGGGCGUAGUCAGGAUCUCAGACUUGAAAGAGGAUCCAGUAGUCGUAUGGCAACACAGAUAUUAUGAGAUCAUUGCUCCGUUAUGUUGUUUCGGGCUGCCAACCAUGAUUGCCCAUUACGGAUGGAAUGACUGGCAGGGCGGGCUCGUUUAUGCUGGCUUCUUUCGUGUUCUUCUAAACCAGCAGGUGACGUAUCUGGUCAAUUCUCUCAACCACUCGAAGUGGGCAGGGGCACAGCCAUAUUCGGACAAGAAUAGCGCUGUGAAUAACCUUUUUACUGGAAUUUUCGCCAGUGGCGAAGGAUACCACAAUUUCCAUCAUACUUUCCCAGCAGACUUUCGCAAUGGGGUACAGUGGUAUGAGUUUGACAUAUCUAACUACCUUAUUCGGAUAUGGUGCCAGCUUGGUCUUGCUAAGAAUCCGGUAAUGGUGAGCAAGUUUGAGAUUGAGAGAGCGCGACAGCGACAGAGACGGGAGAACCGGGUUGACGGGGCGGCUGAGAACGUUGAAGCGGAUCACCAGCCUCUGUCACAGCUUCCGAGGAUGCAGUGGGCGGAAUUUCUUCGCCAAGCAAACACUGGCCGAUGCCUCGUAUGCAUCGACGGAGUGAUCCAUGACAUAUCUGGUUUCAUGGGAGAGCACCCUGGGGGCCGAGAUUUAUUACAUGAAGUUCUUGCCAAUGAUGGGACGGCCGCAUUCUAUAAUGGUUUUCAUGCCCAUUCUGCUCAUGCCAGAAGAAUCUUGGCGACAAUGCGAAUUGCCACUCUUGAAGGGGCUCAAGUGUCUAACUGGAUGUGA